AACGCGACCGGCUCGUUGUGCCCGUCGCGGCGCACGCCUAGGCCUGGGCGUCGAGGCAGCCGUCGACGGCCGCAAACCGGCACGCUGGCGAUGCGCGCCACCCGCAAGCCCGGCGCGCAGCGCCACAAGAAGUCGCGCCGGGCCCCAGCGGCAGUCACCACAGCCCCCUCGACGCUGACGGAGGCGACGGCGGCGACGCCGAUGACCGCGCCUCCCACAACGGACAACACGUCGUGGACUGCGGCGGCGCGCGCCGGCGGCGCCGAGGACCAGCGGCUCCUCGCGCGCCUCGCGCAGCGGCAGCGGGCCCUGAGCCAGGUCGCCGGCGUCCUCGGCCAGCUCCAGGCCACGAGCACGGCCGAGCAGCGCGCCUCGACGGAGGCCCAGAAGGAGGCCGAGGACGCGACGCGGCGCGCCGAGCGCGACGCGACGCUGCGAGCGGCCGCCGAGCAGAAGGCCGACCGGGCCGCGCGCGAGCGGCGCGACGCCGAGAAGGCCGCGGCGCGCCUGAAGAGCGACGUCCAGCGCCGCGACGAACAAUUACGGUCGCUGCACGCGGAGCACCAGGCCCAGCAAAGCAAAGUGGACGCGUGGCGCGACCGCUGCGAGGCCGCCGAGGCCUGCGCCCUCGCGCGGGGGUCGCUCCACCGCGCCGAGCUCGCGCGGCACCGCGCGACGCUCGACGAGCAGAACCUGGCCUUAGGGAGCGCGACGGGCGCCUUGGAGGCGGAGCGCAACGAGAGAAGAAGAGCGGAGCUGACGCUCGGCGCCGAGGUCGACGCGCUGAGGAGGGGGCUCGCCGCGGAGCACGACGCGGCGCGGGCCGCCGUCGAGGAGGCCGUGCAGCAGCGCGACGCGGCGGUGACGGAGCGCGACGCGGCGUUGCGCGACGUGAGCCGCCAGGCCGAGGCCUUUUCGCGGCGCCAGGACGAGCGGGACGGCGCCCUGUUGACCUACCAGAAGGACGCGGACAACGCCCUGGAUCGGAGCUCGGCCGCGGCCGCGGCCUGCGCCGCCGCUUUGGCCGACGCGGCGCGGUGCCGCCACGCGGCGGACCUCGCGCAUACGGAGGCCCAGACGAGAAUAGACAGGGACACGGCCGACGCGACGGCCGCGACGCGCGACGCCGCGGCGACCAUUAAAAGAGCGGCCCAGGAGGCGGCGCUCGCGCGGGCCGCGCAGGCCGCCGCGGACGCGAGAGCCAAUCGCAGCGACCUGCAACGGGACGCGGCCGAGGCGAGUAGCGCCGCGUCCGCGGCGAUGCGCGCCGAGGCCGUGGGCUACGCCGCGGACCUGACCGAGGCCAAGUUGGUCGCCGACGAGGACCGCGACGCGGCCAAGGCGGCCUCCAUGCGCGCCGCGCAAGCGAAGGCCGACGCCUUGCGGGACCGCGACAUGUUAGCUGAAGCCUUGCGCAGCGCCGAGGCCGUCGAGGACCGGCUCCGCGCGAGCGAGGCGGCCCUGGGCGCGCGCUGCCUCCAGGAGAAAUCUGAGAGGCACAAGGCCGAUAUGAAAUUGGAGGAAGUCACCAAGGGCGCCGACGACGCAUUAACCGUGGCCGCGACGCAGCAGCGCGAGCGCGAUCUUAAGUUGCGCGAGCUCGACGCGCUGUCGGCGCGCCUCGCGCAGGAGCUCGAGACGCGCGUCGGCGAACUGGUGGCGUCGAAGCAGAGCCUCCAGGAGCUCGAGGCCGCCUCGAAACGCGCGGCCGAGAAGCGGGCCUUACAACGGCGCUCGGACGACGCCGCGGCGUCCGAGCGCGAGGAGGUCCACCGGUCCGAGAAGCGCAUGCUAAGAGCGGAGUGUGAUCGGGCGCUGAAGCGAACUCUGGAUUUGGAACAGGACCGCAAGUCCGGCUUCGACAGGGUACUGGCGCUGGAGGCGGCCGUCGCGUGCGCGGAAGCGUCCAGGGACCUGAAGCAGCUGGAACUCGUCGACCAAGUGGACCGGACGGACAAGGCCGCGGCGACGGUCCAGGAUUUGGUGGCCGAGUGCACGGCCGCCCAGAACGAACGAGACGCGGCGCGCGCGGCGCGCGACGCCGAGCGCGCGCGGUCGCGGUCCCACAUCGACGAGCUGCGCGAGGCCUCGGACAAGGCCCGCAAGGAUUUAGCCAGGGCGACGAAGGCCGGCGCGAAGCGCUGCGCCGGGAUGCUGGCGUCGAAAGACAAGGCGCUCGAGGCGCGCGCCGCGUCCGAGACGGCCUUCGCGGCUUUGAAAAGCGAGCUGCGCGCCUUCACCGCGGCGUCCGAGGGCAUCCGCAAGGACGCGGCGCGGUGCCGCGACGCGGCGCGCAAGGCCGACGAGGUCCUGGAGCGGGCGCGGCGCGCGCGGAACUUCAUCGGCGCGACGGAGGGGCGGACGGCGGACGCGGCGGACGCGGCGCGGCGCGCCGAGGGCGCCGUGAGCCGCGCGCGGGAGGCGCUGGGCCGGGCGCGCCUCGCGGCGCUCGAGGCGGACGCGCGCGACGCCGUCGCGGCGCGCGAGGCCGACGCGCAGCGCGCGCGCGCGGACGCCGCGGCGGCGCUCAUGGAGGCGCGCGGCGAUAGAGAUAGGAUCGCGGCGGCGGCGGCGCGCCACAAGGAGGCCCACGAGGCGUCGAACGCCGCCCUGCGGCGCGCGACCGACGCCCUGGCCCGCGAGAAGGACUACGGGGCUCGGUUGGAAUCGGAGGGCUUCGGCGAGCUCAAGGCCGCGCGCGCCAAGACGGAACAGCUCGAGCAGCACGUGUCCGAGCUGCGGUCGAAGCUGAGGGAAGAAGCGACGAAGAACAAGAGCACGGAGGUCGCUCUACGCGAUGCGGGCCGGCGCCGCCAGGCCGAGGUCGCCUCGCUCGAGGCUAAAUUACGGGCGGCGGAGCGCGCGAACGCGAGUGACCGGGAGCGGCGCGACGCGGAGAGCUCCACUUUGAGGGAUGACAUGGCGCGGGCGCAGCGCGAACGCACGGACGCGCGCGCCGAGGCGGAUGAUUUGCGGAGCGACCUCGCGCAAGCGCGACGGGUGGGCUGCGAUGCAAGGGACGAGGUCGCGGCUCUGCAGCGGACGCUCGACGAGCACAAGCUCCAGAUGGACGAGUUGAGGCGGGAGGUCGAGGACCUAAGGGCGCAGGCCAAGGAGGCGAGCGAGGCUCGCAAGAGCUUUGAGACGGAGGCGCACGAGCUCAAGCAGGCGACGCGCUUCACGACACGACUUUCAUGCGACGACCAGGCCGAGUUCGAGUCCAUACGGAGGAAGCUGCGCGGCGAGGACACGCCCCAGAAAGAGGCAGCGGAUCAUUUGGCGUCCGUGCAGUACGAGGCCCUCGAGGAACAGCCGAAACAACCUCGAAAAGUUCUGGGCAGGGCCCUGGACGCGGCGCGCGCGGCGGCGCGGUUCCAGAAGCAACAGCGCCCGUCGCUCGGUGAGACCGAUCAGGAUGAGGUGACGGCCGCGCCGGGCUGGGACGCCAUGGGCACGAGACGCGCGUCGGACGACCCCGAGCUCGCGGACCACCUGGCGCGGCGCGACGAGGCCAUCGCCAUGGGUUUGGUCGAUGCGCCUCCCGAUGAAUGGACGGAGGAAGAAAGGCCGGAGGAGCCCGAGACCGAGGCCGAGAGAAAAUUAAGGGAGCUGGAAGAGCGGGCCUUCGACGGCGCCGCGGUCCAGGACGAGGAGGCGGCGCCCUGGCCCCGGGCGGAAUCGUUGGCGCAGUCGGCGGCGCCCUGGAACCACGCGCGCCAGCGCGACCGCGCCGCGCGCGGCCUCCCGCCGCCGGCGCCGUUACCCCUGGAGAUCCCCGAGCCCAGCGACCACACCACGGCCCACGGCGAGCGGACGCCGGGCGCGCCGCGGCCCGACCCCCAGGCCACCAUCGACGCCACCGCCGCCUACCUCCAGAUGCGCCGCGACCGCGCCGCGACGAGCGUGCCGCGCGCGGCGGCGACGCCGCCGCCGCCGAGCGAAUCCGCGGGCGACGACGACGCCGCGGCGCGCGACGAGUCCCUCGAGGACGCCUUCGGGGCCAUGUACGCCUCGCGGCCGCCCGCCGGCGCCGGCUCGGCGCCCGCGCGGGCGCGGCGUCGCGGGCGGCCCCUGCCGCAGACGAGUCGGAGCUAA